AUGUCACUUAAAGUGCUCCUUGUUAUAGUUGUUCCAACGGUUUUUACAGUAGUAUCUAUCAUAACCAUUUUGUAUUUCUGCAUAAGAAGAAAGAAAAUUGGCAAUAUUGGCGAGAUUCAAAGUGCUGAAUCUUUGCAGUUCAAAUUCAGUGCAAUAAGUGUUGCGACAAACAACUUCUCAGAUGUGAAUAAGCUUGGGCGAGGAGGAUUUGGUAUCGUAUACAAGGGUACACUCACGGAUGGACAAGAAAUAACUGUGAAGAGGUUGUCUGAAAAUUCAGGUCAAGGUGAAAAGGAAUUUAAGAAUGAAGUUGCAUUGCUAAUCAAACUGCAACACAAGAAUCUCGUUAGAUUAUUAGGUUAUUGUUUACACGGAGAUGAAAAGCUACUCAUUUUUGAGUUCAUGAAAAAUGGAAGCCUCGAUCAAUUCUUAUUCGAUCCAGUUAAACGCGCACAUUUAGAUUGGGAAAGGCGACACAUGAUUAUCGGGAGAGAUUAG